UUGACAUGCAUGCUCACAUGUUUUGAGCCAACAUGGAUUUAGUUUCUCCACAGCGCUGAGUCAGUUCCAUUUUCCAUCCCAUCUCGUCUCCUCACGAUGGCGUCCGGCGGUGCAGGUAGCAGGGUCUCCUGCGGGAGAGAUUUAAAUUGUGUUCCCGAAGUGGCGGACACCCUCGCCGCCGUAGCCAAAUUAGGCUUCGAUUUCCUGUGCAUGCCGUUGUUCCAUUCACGGUUUCGAAGGGAGUUUGAACUGGUCCCUGCUAAAUCACGACCUGGAGCCCAAACCCGCUCUGACCUGCUACUAUGUGGCAGAGACUGGAACACACUUAUUGUAGGAAAGCUGUCACCCUGGAUUGAGACAGACUCAGAGUUGACAACAGAACGCAGGAAUUCAGAGGCAGCGCUGGUACAGGAGCUGAAUUUCUGUGCUUAUCUGGGGCUGCCAGCUUUCAUGAUCCCCCUCAGGGGUCCACACUGUGCCAACCUGGCUCGAAUCCUGCUCAACCACAUCCACACAGGACACCACUCUUGCAUGUUUUGGAUACGAGUUCCGCUGCUGUCUCCAGAGGACACACGUGAUGAUCUCAUCGAGAAUGAUCCUUCUAAACAAAUGGAUGACCGCUGUACUGAUGAAAAGACCUGGGCAUGGUGGCACUCAUUUAGAACACUCUGUGACUACAACAAGAGGAUUUGCCUCGCUGUUGAGAUUGGAGAAGACCUGCCAUCUGACACCGUGAUUGACAAGUGGAUUGGGGAGCCAAUUAAAGCAGCCAUUCUCCCCACCAGCAUAUUUCUAACCAAUAAAAAAGGAUUUCCUGUCUUGUCAAAAGCCCACCAGCAAGUCAUCUUCCGGCUCUUCAAGCUGGAGGCUCAGUUUAUUUUCACAGGGGCAAAUCGUCACAAUGAGAAAGACUUGCGCUCAUACUUGCAGUAUCUAGAGUACCUCAACCAGAACCGUCCGGCACCCAAUGCCUACGAACUCUUCGCCAAAGGCUAUGAAGAUUACCUACAGUCACCACUACAGCCUUUGAUGGACAAUUUGGAAUCGCAGACAUAUGAAGUUUUUGAAAAAGAUCCCAUCAAAUAUUCUCAGUACCAGCAGGCUGUAUAUAGAUGUCUUUUAGACAGAGUUCCUGAAGAACAGAUGGAAACCAAUGUACAGGUAUUGAUGGUUCUAGGUGCAGGUCGUGGACCACUAGUAAAUGCCUCACUUCGCGCGGCCAAACAGGCUAAGAGGAAGUUGCGUGUAUAUGCUGUUGAGAAGAACCCUAAUGCUGUGGUCACGCUGGAGAACUGGAAGUUUGAGGAGUGGGGUGAUCAGGUGACUGUUGUGUCAUGUGACAUGAGGGAAUGGGUGGCCCCAGAGAAAGCUGAUAUCAUUGUGAGCGAGCUUUUAGGCUCAUUUGGGGACAAUGAGCUUUCACCUGAGUGCCUUGAUGGAGCACAGCACUUCCUCAAAGAUGAUGGGGUGAGCAUUCCCUGCUCCUACACGUCUUUCCUGGCUCCAUUGUCCUCAUCUAAACUAUAUAAUGAAGUUAGAGGCUGUCGGGAGCGAGACAAAGACCCUGAGUGCCAUUUUGAAACACCCUACGUUGUCAGACUACACAACUUUCACCAACUUGCAGACCCCAAGCCCUGCUUCACUUUUGUACAUCCCACUUCAGAUAUGAAUAACAACCGGUAUCAAUGUCUAUGCUUCUCUGUGAGCUGUAAUUCAGUGCUUCACGGUUUUGCCGGAUACUUUGAGGCCACACUUUACAAAGACGUCACACUCAGUAUAAAACCUGAAACACACUCUCCUGGAAUGUUCUCCUGGUUCCCCAUCCUAUUCCCUUUGAAACAGCCGAUACCGAUGUCCGGCGGCGAUAAUGUGAGUGUGAGAUUCUGGAGGUGUAACAAUGGAAAGAAGGUCUGGUAUGAAUGGGCUGUGACUGAGCCUGUAUGCUCUGCUAUUCACAACCCAGCCGGGCGCUCUUACACCAUCGGCUUGUAGGAAGACUCGCACAUUCACUGACUCAUUUUUACUCACACACUUGGGGUUACACUGUCAUUUUUUUGUAACAAUCUGAUUUCCAGUCAAGCCAGGGCCGAUUUUUUUUUUUUUUUUUUUUU